GGAGGGGAAGCUUUUUACUUUUUCAGGGUCAUUCCCAACUGCUACACGUAGAUGCCGUAAGCACCCAAUAAUAUAUUCCACACCACACGCAAUCCCUCCGUUUCUCUGUCUCUCUGCUGCAAGCAACGCCAUACCUCUGCACGACAUUCGAAGCCGCGUUUCACUUCUUUUGAAUAAAGUUUAGGUCUCUUUGCGCGUGUCCCGUUCUCUUCUCCAAUCCUCCAAUUCAACAACUCAAAACACCAUCCUAUUUUAUCCCAAGUUGCCCCUUUUAUUCAGUAUAAUAUAUCAAGUCUUGCCUGAAUGGAGGUUAAGCUAUGGAACGACAAGCGCGAGAGAGAAAUGUACGAGAAUUUUGCUGAGCUUUAUGCCAUUAUCAAAGCAACAGAGAAGCUUGAGAAGGCUUAUGUGAGGGAUAUCAUUACAUCAUCUGAAUAUGAAACUGAGUGCCAAAAGCUUAUUGCCCAUUUCAAAACCUUAGCUUCCACACUGAAAGACACGGUCCCUAGCAUUGAACGCUUUGCUGAUACGUAUAAAAUGGACUGCCCGGCUGCUAUAAAUCGGCUGGUUACCUCUGGGGUGCCUGCCACUGUGGAGCACCGGGCUGCUGCAGCUGCUUCUGCUACUACCUCAGCUGCCAUUGUGGCUGAAUGUGUGCAGAAUUUUAUUACUGCCAUGGAUUCAUUGAAACUCAAUAUGGUGGCGGUUGAUCAAGUGCAUCCUCUCUUAUCCGACCUCUCAGCGUCACUUAAUAAGCUGAGUAUUUUGCCACCUGAUUUCGAGGGGAAGACAAAGAUGAAGGAAUGGAUUUCAAGGUUGUCAAAGAUGGGGGCAGCAGAUGAGCUAACAGAGCAGCAAGCUAGGCAGCUCCACUUUGACUUGGAAUCUUCAUAUAAUUCAUUUAUGGCAGCUUUGCCUAAUGCUGGUCCUUGAAGUAAUCCAAUAUACAGUGUUUUUUUUUUGUUUAGUGCUGCAAACUUCUGGAUUCCCAGUGAUAUCUGGAAAGGAUUAUUAAUUUGGUAACAGUGUAUACAUUCUGGGAAUGAUUGGAUUUCUAUCAUGUGCUGAUUGUGGAGAAAUUGUUUAUUGUGUCAUCCUAUGAGAAUGAAUUUGUGCUUUGAUUUGGUUUUGUAAUAUUAAUAUAUUCAUUCGCCAAUUGUUUUUCA